AUGCUACCAGAAUUGCUUACCCAACUCGCCCAGCUCUACAGGGCAAACGAAACCAGUAUCUCGGCCGACCAGAUCCUGAGAUGGAAGGAAUGUCUUUCUGCGCGCGACAUCUCAGCUCUCCAUCGCCUAUUUAGCUUAUUCUUGCACCAGGUCAAACAUAACCCGAUCACUGAUAUACCGGACCACCUUGCAACUACGAAUCAAAACGAUGGACUUCCAGCCGUGGCCACCGGUGCAGCAUCUGCGCGGCCGUCGCAAGUUCGUGCACGAGACCGUCGACCUUCUGCUACCUCGCUCGCUGACGGCGACCACCAACAAGAGUCAUAUGAAUACCAGCAGGGUGUGUCUUCAGUUUCUGAAGCAGACGACUUCCGGAAAGAUUUAUGCAUGAGCAUCCCAAAUCCAGGAUAUCCUCGUAAUAGUAACCAGUGUACGCCAAGUUCGGAUAUCGAUACGAACACAGUCACUCCAUCGCUGACUACAGGAGCAACGACGCCUCUACAGGGCGUGACAGAGGAUGAUUCUUUUUUUCGUACGCCCUACCUUUCGCCAAGUAUGAAAGUACUUUUGGAAAGCUGUCGGACAGACCGCGGAGCUUUCUUACGGGAAAUUGGAAAAGCCAGAGCAGUGCUCCCCACGGGGCAAGGCUGGGAGGCCGCCAUAGCUGCGAAGGUUGACAAUGCUGAUCUACGCGACCGAAUGAAGAUCUACCAUAGGUUCGAGUGCUACAAUAUCUACAAGCAUGUUGUCGAGGCUGGGUAUCAUACCGGCACCUGCUGGAUCCGGGAUAUGCGCACUAAACUGGCGAUGAAGCUCUGUGAGAAUUUCCCGCAGCGGUUUCGCGACCAGCAGGCAGCGAAUAAGAGCUUGAACUGGGUUGAUCAAGGCUGCAAAUAUCAUGAGUGGGCCGGCCAUUUCAAAAGAGGUAUAACUGACUUGGGCUAUCUGAUUGCACUUCCUUUAGACGUGCCUCAUUCUGCGUACACAUCAAGAUGCACGAAGAAGCGAAUGCACGAUGUUGCCAAUGACUUGAAAGGCCGAGGGAUCGAAGACCUUGUGAUAAAAUAUGAACUUACAGAGUUGGGUAACCACAUUGCAGGGACAUUGAGAGAUAUGACAUGCAAGAAGCGCAGGGAAGCGCCUGGAGACACACCCCAGGGCUCUUGCAAAUCACCGGGUUCGAUGCCGAGUUUCAGCGAAUUAUCCAGUCAUAUCCUCACCGUGCAGCCGGUCCAAACGCCAACUUCACCCGAGUCGCUAAUUGCUAGUCUGGACACCAGGGCUUGCCCCUCACUGGAAGUGGAAAUGGGAAUGGGAAUGGAGAUGGAAAUGGAGAUGGAAAUGGAAAUGGAAUACCCCGUGAACCACGGCUCGGCCGAUCAGUAUGCAGGUGUCUAUGCCUGCCGUUCCAUACCGGCAGAUUGGGCUGUCCCUGUGAACAGUCUAUUGGGAAAUAGCAUGCCAAUUUUUCACACCCCUUUUCAAACAAUGGAUAUGGGCCAGGCGGCCUACUUAACGCCAUCUACUAGUGCUGUGAAUAAUGAUGCUCUUGGACGAUUGGAUGGGAGCGAUGGGAGUACAAAUUAUACCGCAAGUCUAACACCAUAUGGAACCACGCAAUAUUCAGCUACCGCGUAA